UCCUCUGCAUCCAUCACUGCUCAUCCUCGGACCUGAACGCUGCAGCUCUCGUUCAUAGUUCAGCUCGUUGCGAAGGAAAACUGCAACCAUGACCAUCGGUAAAGCCAAAGUAGCUGUUGGAUUUAUAGUUGUAGGGGCUCUGACCGCGGUGUUUGGAGCGGUUCUUCUCUUCGUGGGACCAGCGGUGAUGAAUGACCAAGUAAUAAAGCAAGCUAUGGCAAUCGAUAAAUCCAAAGUCGCUGUUGGGUUUAUAGUAGCAGGGGUCCUCACGGUGUUUUUUGGGACGGUUCUUACCUUUGUAGGACCAAUAAUCAUCGACGACCAAGUAGUGAAGAACACAGUGAUCGACCCAAAUAAUGAAAUUUCCUACACCAUGUGGAAGGACGUCCCCGUGCCGUUCUACAUGUCUGUGUACUUCUUCAACGUCCUCAACCCAAAAGAGAUCCUGGACGGAGAGAAGCCCAUGGUGGAGCAGAAAGGACCUUAUGUGUACAGAAAACGCAUUCAGAAAGACAACAUCACAUUUCAUGCCAACGGCACCGUGUCCUACAGGGAGUACAGAACGUACUUCUUUGAGCCGUCCAUGUCUUCAGGGAACGAGUCCGAUGUCGUCACGAUUCCAAACAUGUUGGUGCUGCCACAGGAUAGCGCUAAAACACACAGGCUGCAAGAAUUCAACAGCUCCAACACCGGCCUGUUCACCAUCAACACCGGAAAAGACGACAUCAGGAAAGUCCACAAAGUCGACUCGUGGAACGGCCUGACGGAGCUGAACUACUGGAGGACUCCUCAGUGUAACAUGAUCAAUGGAACAGCUGGACAGAUGUGGCCUCCCUUCAUGACCAGAGAGAGCACGUUACCUUUCUACAGCCCCGAUGCCUGCAGAUCCAUGGAGCUUGUUUACCAGCGUGACGGGCAGAUGAAGGGUAUUCCUCUGUAUCGAUAUGUUGCACCCAAGACUCUGUUCGCCAACGGGACGGAUUACGCUCCCAAUGAAGGCUUCUGCCCCUGUAGGCAGUCCGGUCUGCUGAACGUCAGCAGCUGCCGACACAACUCUCCAGUCUUCAUCUCUCAUCCUCACUUCUUCAAUGCUGAUCCUGUGCUGCUGGACUACGUGCUGGGCCUUAAUCCCACAGAGGACGAGCACGGCCUCUUCAUAGACAUCCACCCUCUAACGGGCGUUCCUCUGAAUGUGUCCAUUCGCCUGCAGCUCAACCUCUACAUGAAGAGAGUGUCAGGAAUUACAGAAACUGGGAAAAUUUCUGAGGUGGUGAUGCCAAUGAUCUGGUUUGAGGAGAGCGGCUACAUAGAUGGCCCCAUCCUCACCAACUUCCACACAAACCUGGUUAUCCUGCCGUCUGUGAUGGAGUACAUGCAGUACGGCUUCAUCACCCUCGGCCUGGUUACCAUAGUAAUCGCCGCCCUGGUGCAUCACAAAGUGAAGAGGUCUCGUACCAAUUUGACAAUGACUUCCACAGGAGUGGACAACCCUGCGGCCUCCUUUACAGAAAAUGGUGCACAUUACCAAGAAAGAAAGGAGAAAUGUACCAUAAAUAACUCAGAGAAGUAAACGUGAAGGUGGCACCCUAUCAGAUGGAAACCCAAGCACUUCAACCGGAGAGAAAGAUCCACUGCUAGAAGAUGAUGCAGACUGACACACACACACACACACACACACACACACACACACACACACACACACACACACACACACAGCUGGCGUUGUGGACUCCCUCUCGGCCAUUAUUCCAAACUUGAACUGAAACACUGACACAUGGUGCUCCGCUCGGUAUAUUUCAAUGAGUCUUGCGCACAAGUGAAGCGAUGCCAUAUUUUUUUACCUUUCUGUGACGUUGAUGACGCUCCAACACUCAAAGACUCGCUUCAUUAAGUCUGCGUCGAAGCAGUCGGGGUUGAAACACAACAUGUUAAGAUGCUCUGUCAUUUAAAACCACUUUUAUUUUGUACAAAAACUACCACAGAAAACACUAUUUCCAAUUCAUUUUGCUCUGCUCACGGUUCGAUGAUCAGAAAAAUGUCAUAGUUGUAUCACUUCAUUAGUAGACAGUUACUGUGCUGGCUGUUUUCCUGUGAUUUUUAAAGAAAUGUUUCUGCAUCAACAACAAGGGAACUGACGGGCAGAACGGCUGACUGCCUGGUGUGAAGUAUUUUACUACCGUUGUGCCUUUUUAUCAAGGAGGAAACUCUUCUGGCUCACCUCCGGGUCUUUGUAUUUAAUGUGACUGUUAAACACUGGGGAGUUAAAAUCAAAGAAUCAAACGCUCCUCUGUCAAUCAGUGAGUUCAGAAGAGCAGACUCAUUCCUAUUUGUUUACUACUGUCCUCUGUAAAGGUGUGAAUAUAUUUCGUGAAAUGGACGUGAAUGAUGACGUUGGUGUCAAAUAUCUCCUUUAUUAUGAAGAAGUGAAUGAAUGAAGAGAAACUUAGAGGUAAUAAAUGUUUGUUUAAAAUCCUA